AUGACUCGUCUCCCCCUCCCAGUCCCACCGCCCAUCGAACCCUCUUACACCCCUGCCACCAGCAUCACUACCCUCCCCGCCACCAGCCCCAUCGAAUCCAUCCUCGCCGUCCUCGAGCGCGACGGCGGCCUCAUCCUGCGCGACCUCGUCACCACCUCUGAACUGCAAGCCAUCGCCGCUGAGACCGCACCAUGGAGCACCCCGCGACGCCACCUGGAUCCCACUGCGCAGGGCGACGCCUUCUACACGAUCCCCCCACAGACGACCCUCAUCCCAGGCCUGGUGGGCAAAUCCGUCACCGCGGCGCGCAUCUGCGAGCACCCCGUCCUCGACGCCCUGCGCGAGCGCAUCCUCGUCGACGAGUUCACCGUCACCCGCGAGGGGUUCCUCGAGCCCAACCGCAUCGACCCCCUGCUGAGCAUGAGCGCCUCGAUGAACAUCGGCUACGGGGCGCCGCGCCAGCUGCUCCACCGCGACGACAACGUGCACGGGGUGAAGCACCAAGCCCCUCCAGGGGAGUGGUCGCUCCAGAAAGCCAGCCAGUUCGGGUGUCUCGUGGCCGGCUGCGAGGUGACGCGGGAGAAGGGGGCGACCAUGUUCGUACCGGGCAGUCAUAAGUGGGGAGAUGGCCGGCCGGCCAUGCCCGACGAGGUGUGUUUUGCUGAAAUGUCCCCCGGCUCCGCCCUGAUCUUCCUCGGAUCCGCCUACCACGGCGGCGGACACAAUUCCGUGCCUGACUCGGUGCGAACCAUGCACAGCUUCUUCUUCGUCCGGGGCACGUACCGCACCGAGGAGAAUCAGUUUCUGGCGAUCCCGCGCAGCAAAGUGCUGGAGAUGAGCCCCAAAAUGUUGCAGUUACUGGGCUAUACGAAGCCGACCACCUCGUUGGGGAUUGCGGAUAACAUCAGCCCGCAUGAGGAUGUAAAAGGGAUUUGGGAGAGGGUAUCUCAGUAG